AUAAAGAUCAGUGUCAGACAGGGAUAAGGAAAAAUAAUGUAGAGAGUCAGUGAAAAAAAUCAUUUAAAAAAACAGUUUUAAGCUCAUCUCUGAAAAUGAGUAAAGGAUUACAUACAGCUGCCAUGGCGGUCCGUGACUUCAUAAAGGAUUAUUUUAACGGUUUCUGGGACUAUGAGACCCCUAAGAUGAUGGUGAUUAAAAACAAACCCCUUGGAGUUAUUUACAGAGCUGUACAGUUUCUAGUGAUCACCUAUUUCAUCUGGUAUGUUUUUAUCAGUCAAAAAGCAUAUCAGGAAAGUGAAACCCAUCCAGAGAGCUCUGUUUACACUACUAUGAGGGGCAAAGCAGUGCAUGGGGACGACGUCCUGGACAACGUGGAGUACGCUCAUCCCCCUGAGGGAGUUGAUGUAAUCAGUACAAUACUAAGAAGGGAAUUCACUUAUGAUCAGAAGCAAGGCACCUGCCCUGAGCACUUUAGUGUUGAUAAUGCCAACUGCACAACAGAUGCUGACUGUUUGCCAGGCUUACCAAACUUUGACAGCCAUGGCAUACGGACUGGAAGAUGUGUUCAGUACCACAACUACACUUUCAAAACCUGUGAAAUCAUGGCUUGGUGUCCUAUUGAGGAGUAUGCUGUAGUGCGAGAACCACCUUUAGUGGAGGCUAUUAAUUUCACAGUUUUCAUCAGGAACUCCAUCCACUUUCCCAAAUUUAAAGUGUUGAGGGUCAAUGUACAAAGUCCUCCAGGGAUGAAAACAAAAAAGUACCUCAAGAGGUGUCAUUAUCAUAAGGAGAAGGCACCUUACUGCCCAAUCUUUCGCUUGGGUUACAUUGCAAAUGAAGCGAGGGAGAAUUUCACUGAGCUCUGCAGUACUGGAGGAGUGAUUGGCGUUUUCAUCAACUGGGAUUGUAACCUAGAUCUGGAUCCCUCACACUGUAAACCUACUUACACAUUCCGCCGUCUUGACCUCCGAAAGGAUCUGGCUGACUCUGGUUACUAUUACAGGUUUGCCAAAUAUUAUGAUAAGAACGGUGUGGAAUCUCGGACCCUCAUUAAGGCUUUUGGCAUCCGCCUUGACAUCAUAGUUCAUGGGCAGGCUGGAAAAUUUAGUGUCGUUCCAACCAUCAUCAGCACAGUUACAGCUCUCACCUCUGUUGGGAUUUGCAGUAUUAUCUGUGACUGGAUCAUGCUUACAUUUAUUGACAAGGAUGAGGUCUACAGUGAGAGGAAGUUUGAUGAAAUAAGCAAAGAGGUGGUCAAGGAACCCACGGACACCAUCUUCACCGAGUUCAGCUUCAUCAGCAGCUAUGGCUCCAACCACUCAGACCUAUCAGACGGCGUCCCGCUCUGAGGUGUCCCAGUGGCUUAGACUGCCUUCCUUCACCCUGAUGAUGGCAAUAGCAGCAUCCCGGUUUAAUUUCUUAAGUGUCUGCAGCAGCUCAGUGAUGGAGCCAUAAAGCACUUCAGCAAAAGUAUUUACACACUUCGAAAACUUUUCACAUUUGUCACAUUACAACCACAAACUUGCUUAUUUCAUAAAUAGAACAGCUCAGACUUACUUGAAGUAUAUGAAUAUUACAUUUCCUUUAAGACAUCAGAUUUUAAGCCUUGUCACAGAUUCUGAAUUGACUUUAGUUCUGGAUUUAUGCGGAGCCAUUCCAGGAAGAAAAAAAAGGUUGUUAAUAGUAACACUUCUGCAGUGAGGAUUGUGUGGUCAGGGUGAGGUGUUGUGUUAGUUUCCCACCAAACGGCAUAUUUUGCAUCUUAUCCAGAACCUUUUGAACUCCUCUGACCAGAGCAUGUUUUUGCAUUUAUUUUUGCUGUAUCUACUACUGUACAUGGCUUGUGGUAACCUGCGGUGUCCUGAAUACUUUGUUAGAUUGAACAGUCCUUCUUUACAAUCUACAAUGGAAUUCUAUUACACACAACUGGAUUAUAUCUGCUUAUUCUGUAAAUUCUUUAGGGAAUCGGAUGUUUGGAUUUCAUUUAGGGGUACUAUAAGUUAUGGGGGCCAGAAUUACACAUACUUAACCAGUGGAUCCCAAGCUUUACUUGUUGGAGCCCCCUUUAGUUCACAAGAAAGUUGCAAUGAAAUAGCUAAAAAUUUCUUUAAAAUCUAUUAAAGCGUAAUUAUUUCACUUCUGUUUAUUUUAAUUUGUAUGAAAGUUUAACAUUGCUUUUUUGUUUGUUUAAUGCAUCAUUUUCCUUUCACUUCACAGUUUAAAUCCUUUUUAAACACCAUCUAAAUCCCUGAUAAUUACAUUAGACUUUCUGGUUGUAAUGUGACAAACUGUUAAAAUGUUUAGAGGUGUAUCAAAACUUUUGUAUGGUCCUGCAUUUGAGUGGGACGAACUAAGAGAGGAGGACCACCUCCUGAUAGUCUGACUGAUAUAUCACCACUGUGGUUCUCAAUUAAACUGCUUCAACAGGUUUUCUUCACAGAUCAUCUUAAUCCUUGUUGGACUUUGGUCUGUUCACCACCAGAAUGAAACCUGCUUUCGCUAACCUUUAGAAAACAAGUAUACUUGCAUAUAGUUUCCUCAGAUAAAAAGAACAUAUUCAGAGUAGAAGAAUGGGGUAGAAACAAUUCAUAAACCAUUAAAACUCUUCUCAUGUAUCUCAAACAUCAGUUUCAUUAAUUAAUAAA